AUGUCUCACAUGGGCCCUCGGGCCUUCAACCACGAGAACAGCAGCGACGCCGAGGCGGAGUACGAUCGGCUCCGCGACCUCGCGCGCCAGGAAGCCAAUAAGCGCGGACAAUGUUUCAGCCGGUCGAAGGAAGCCUAUGCGAACGGCGAUGGCGCCGGCGCCAAGCAACUCUCCGAGGAGGGAAAGGCACACGGCCGCAAGAUGGAGGAGUAUAACAGACAAGCGUCUGAGUUUAUCUUCCGUGAGAACAACGCAAGCGGGCGCGUUGAGGCCGAUACCAUCGAUCUGCACGGCCAGUUCGUCGAGGAGGCUGAGGAGAUCCUGGAAGAACGGAUCAAGUACGCCAAGUCGCAUGGACAGAACCACCUUCAUGUUAUCGUCGGAAAGGGAAACCACUCCGCGAAUCACAUUCAGAAAAUCAAGCCGCGCGUCGAGCAGGUUUGUCGUGAAUUGGGGCUCCAGUAUGCCACCGAGGAUAACGCCGGUCGCAUCUAUGUGAACCUGACUGGUGGUGAGGCUGUCAUGCCUCCAUACAACGGUCACCAGGGCGGCUCGUCUGGGUACCCUGGCCACCAACAGGGACACCAGCAAGGCCACCAACAAGGCCACCACCAGGGACACCAGCAGCAAGGACAGCAACAGCCGGACGAGCUCGAGGAGCUUGCCAAGAAGGUGUUGCCCAAGGUUCUGCGCAAGCUCGAGAAGGCUUGCUGUGUGGUUAUGUGA